CCACUGUCCUUUUAAUUACGCGCGCGUUCACAGGGAAUUUUGAACUAGACGUAAUAACUGAGCGGCUAUAAGAAAUCAAAAAGGGCGAGACUAUAAUUUGUGGACGAGUCAAUCAGGUAUGAAAUAAUAGAUCUCGGGUUUUAACAAGAAAGCCUAUCAUCCAUUUGUCUAAAUAAAUUUCUGGCAUUAUAGCUUAUGUCAGUUCUUGAUUAAAACCCCAUAUAUAAUUAUUAAUUAAGGCAAAUUAAGACAAAUAUUGCUUAAUGGAUGAUAAAAGCACCCGUAACACGGGAUGCGGCCAGGUACUACAAUAUAUACGGAUGAUUGGAGAGCGUACAGACUCCCACAUAGGCUUGGUUGUGUGCAUCGUGUCGUUGUCCACAAGUAGCAUUCUAUGCACUCAACAAUCGGAGUGCACAUGGACAAUAUUGAAGCCAUCUGAUCGAUGCUGAAAGAGUUUUUGAGACUUUAUCAUGGCUCCAGAGGUCGAAUAUUCUGUAGACAUAUGGAUGAUUUCCUCUACUGCAUGCAUUACGAUUUUACGACCUCUGAACCUCUUUCUAACCUUGGAAAGGUUUUGAGCCACGUAUAAGAAGUGUAUCCACUUUAUUUCUUUGAUUGUGUAGAGCAUAUUUUUACUGUAUACUGACUGGCUGAUAUUUCUCAAGGUCACUUAAGAUUUCCUAGGGUCUCGCCGCGGAUUCGCUAAAAACGAAGCCGACUCAAGAUCCUAUAAAAUCGAAAAAAGGGCUCCAAAAGGUUCGACAAAAAUAGGAGAGCCAUUUAUGUAUCAGAAUACUGUUUUCAGUACUAUAUUUUAUAACUACACGCAUUAUCUAAACUUGGGCUAGACCCUUUAUGGAGGAGGAGACUCAAACUAAAUCUUAUCUUUUUCUUCAAACUACUUCAUAAACUAUCGUAUACAUCCGAUCACGCGAUUCAAUAUGCAGAAACCUCUCAUUAUAACAUACGUAAUUCCUUGGCACUAGUGAAACAAACUCAUUCUAAAUAAUCUCUUUAUAUGAAUUACUUCACCUGUAAAUUCUCUAGACUCUGGAAUAACCUACCACAACCUAUCCGCACGAUAAAAUCACUCCCAUUAUUUGUUCGCUGCAUCGAUGCAUACUGUUCUUCUGAAAAUGCAUUGAAUGGUCUAGCGCCUUUAAGUGUAUCUCAUUCCACAAGUGAUAUUUUAGGAACCUUAAAUGUUUAGCCAUCUUUAUUAGUGAAUCCCCUUAGUAAAACCACCCACUUGCUGUCAAUAUGUCAACACUGUCCAUAGCAACUUUAACUAAUAUGAAUAACACAAACAGUAUAUCACUGUGUCACAUGACACACGCAUUUAGGUGGACCUGAUUAAUAUAUUUUGGUAAUUACCGCUUUGUUGUUCGUGCUCCCUGUUUUCGUUUUAAUUUCUCUAGUUGUAGAUAAUUAUCAUUAUCUCGAUCUGGCACACGAAUUGACCUUAAUUACACCGUUCAUAAAUCAACAGGCUGUCGAUUUAAGAAAUAUUAAAAAUUCCCGGAUAAUGCUUUGGAUCGCUGUAAUAUAUGUACUACUUAAACAACUAGUGAACUAGUAUACUUGAAACUUUCUUUUAUCACAUGUUUGUUCUCUGCACGUUUAACGUUAUUACUUAUAUCAAAUUGAUCAUGCCUGUAAACUGGCUUGAAUUCUGUAAUUAUUAUUUUUCAGAAUAUAAAUUAAUUAUUAAUUA